AUGGUGAUCGAUGGCGAUGUUUUCGGGCCGCGCCACUUCCCGGCCCUCCUGGCGGCCGUCCGCCGCCGCGGGCGCCUGGCAGCUGGUGUGGUCUGCACUGCCUCGCGGCCUCGUCUCGCUCUCCCGGAUGGGCUGAGCCUCGUGGUGGUGCCGCGCGGAAAAGGCGGGAAGGAUCCAAACGACAUCGCCGUGGCCUUCGAGGCUGCCAGGCUGGCCUUCCAGGACAAAGUGAACGCCAUCGCCCUGGCUGCCCCCGUGGAAUGGUUUCAGAGCGACGACGCAGUGGAGCGCCGCCCCACGAAGAAGAUCGUCCUGCAGCCGGACGGGUGGAGCCGCAUCGAGGACCUCCACCCCGCGCAGUUUGGGAAAGCGGGCCAGGUGGAGCCCCUCCUCCUGAACACCCUGCGGACGAAGCUCUGCGAGCUGAACUACCUAGAGGCCCAUGACCACCCUCUGCUGCCAGCAGUGGCGAAGCUCUUUGCAGCUCAGGGGAAGGCGCUGACGGCGUGGCCCAAGCUUUUGGCUUUCCAGGAGGCGCUGGAGGAGCUGUCGACGAAUGGCAGCUCCUGGUCUCCUUGUCCUCAUGCCGGGGUCUUCGUGAUGCCCUUGGGGACGCAGGUCUCGUCGAAGGCGUGGCUGGAGGCCUGCGGUUCCCUGAAGGGCGUGGAGAUGGUUCGCGGGGGGGGAGCCCGUCUCUUCGCGGACUCCCCCGAGCUGGUGUUGGAGGUGCUCCAACAGCUUGGAUACUAUGGAGACGAGCUGAAUGAGGAUCUCAGCGAGGCAAUCGACACCUUUGCGGAAAUGAAAGGCAACAGCAAAGCUCUGGCUGCAAUCAGCAUUUCCAUCAAGCCCGACUACCCGGUCCAUACAAAGAGAGCUCUGCUGCAUGCAGCUCUCGUGUCCCCCAAGCUGCACGGCGAGUGGCAGCUGGCGCCCAGCGAUGACUUGGUCCGGGGCCACCUACUGGCACAUGGCUGGCUCCGUCAGCGUGCCGCGAGCCGGCUCGACGUCUUCACGGCGCUUUGCUCGUUCAGCGAGGCCCAUGGGCUUCCAUUGCGGAGGACGUACAAUGGUGCCGUCCGGGAGUUCUCGAAUCAUCUGACCAAAGUAGACCCAAGCCUGGGCCUGCUGGGUGGCGGCCUGGCGCUGGGCCUGCGAGUGCCGGAGGAAAAUUCGGAAUGUGAUGAGUUUCUUGAAUACGAGGCCGGCGAGGCGGCGCAUGGGGCGCCUGCCGUGGUGCUGGCCGAUUCCAGGUCCUCCAUCGCCACCCUCAGAAUCUUUGGAGGUCCCGAGCCACCGCCGAGAGACUUGAACUGGGUCCCACGAGUCUGCACGCCUCUUUACGAGGGGCCAGGCUGCUCAAAUGUGACACAUUGGAACGGCACGGUGAGGUUGGAAAUUGACAACCACAUCAUUCCAGAUGUGCACAUGCACUCCAGGGGGCAUUCCUCUGCGAUGUUUCCAAAGCACCAGUUCUCACUGAAGCUGCCCACGCAGAUGCCCCUUCUUGGUAUGUCGCCGGCCAAGCGGUGGGUAUUGGCGACAUCCUUUGUGGACGUGUCUUUCCAGCGAAACCCCACAGCCUUCGAGGUGUACCGCAAGCUGGGCGGUUGGGCCACAGACACUGUUUAUGUGAACGUGGAGUGGCACGGAGUCGACUACGGGCUCUACUACAUUGGCGAGCGGAUCGAGUGUGGGGGUGGUCGCCUGGAUUCCUGCCAUACGGAGCCGGGCAAGCCCCAGGCCUCUGACUUCCUGCUGACCAUCGACUGGGCCAAGGCUGGCAAGGUGGCGCUCCGCAGCAACGUGACCUCCACCUUCUUCAGCGUGCUCUCCCCCAAGAAGAAGGGCCUUCCCAGCAGCAGCAAGGCUUUCCUCCAGGAGCUGGUCAAUUCAGUCGACUCCCUCGCAGCCUCCGGCGCUGCUGGGCUGGAGGAUCUUCUUGACUUCGGGAGCUUCGUGCGCUACUUCCUGGUGGAGGAGCUGGCGAAGGAUGUGGACGGCUAUGCCUUCUCGAAGCUUGGGAAGGGCUGUUGCGUAUGGCUGUGUAGGAACUACGUGAUGGUCCGGCAGGGGCGGCUGCUGCAUGCCGCCCCGUGGGAUUUCGACCUGGCAUUCGAUUUCGCCUGCAUGCCUCGAUACUUCACAAACGUCUUCACUCAGAACGUCUCUUUGGGAGUGACUGGCUGGAACGUUGAGAACUCCCGCGCGGACGCGCUGUGGAUAGGGCCCUCCGGCAUCCCGGGCGGGAGCGUGCAGCACUUCGGCAUCAACAAGCGCCAGCUGUUCCUGAACCUUUGGCUUUAUCCGGGCUUCAAGGCCGCCUUUGCCCAUGCGUGGAAAGCCGCCCGGGGGCGUAUGCUGGGUGAUGCCAACUUGAUUGAAAUGGUCAGGAGGAGAAGUUCGCAGAUCUCUGCCGCCGCAAAGAAUGAUCUCCACAUCUGGCGGAGAACCAACAGGUGUGGCUUCUGGCGCUGCUGCGAGCCCGAAGACACCCACAGCUUCGACAGGGCCUCUGAGCACCUGUCUCAAUACCUCGUGUCCCGGGCGCGCUGGAUUGAUGCGAACGUGGAUGCGCUGCUAAAGCCCCAUGCCAAGCCAGAGUGA